AUGCACGGCUUGAACCAAGUACUGAGUAACAGCACCCGCUUCUAUUCUCCAGUGACGCUAAGUCAUGAGUGGCCAACCCUAAGUCGAUUAUUGAUGAUGGUGUUCUGCUCAUGCCUUGGCACCACCAUCAACGGGUUCUUUGUCGCGGCAUUCUUCGUUGAGCACACAUUGAAAAAAGUUGGUAACGUGUUCCUGGCAUGUAUUGGUCUAGCGGACCUGAUCGUGACGACCGCCGUGAUGCCUGUAUCAGCUGUAGUUCUAUUGUCAGCGGGACAGUGGGAUACUAUCCCGGUAUGCCGCGCCCUACACUUCUUGACUGAAGCCUCAACAUACAGCUACAGCCUAUUCUUUACGUUGGUAGCGAUUGAGACUUACUACAGAUUGGGCCACACGGCCUUCCAAUAUGACCACUUGUGCGUCUCCCUCCGAGUCGGCAUAGUCUCCGUACUCGUUUUCGCCGUGUGUUUUAUCACCGCCGGCGUCGGCGUCUACAUGGACUUGGAUUACGACUACUGCCAAAGGCGACACCACGGGGACUACACCUUCAGAAUGUCUACAUUUAUCAUUUUCCACGCGGUCCCCUUCGUCAUCACUUUUUUCGGUCUCUUCUGCUCUUGCUUCAAAGUGCGAAGGCGAGCCAAGAAGCAGGCCUACUACAAGCGUUCCCAACAAUACGAACGGGAUUUUUCCACGACAAAUUUAAACAUAACAGUGUUUUUAUUAUACGCAGCGGCGUGGACCCCCUACCUCGUCAUCGCGCUUAAAUAUCCUAACGCUAGCGACACUAAGUUCUACCAUUGCGUGUGGAUCGGUGUUUGUCGUUCGGUUUUCACUAGCUUUUUGUACAGCGCUAUGAACAGGAACUUCAGGCGUGCGUUCGCACAUUUGUUUUACUACUGUUGUUGCAAGAGCACUCUGACAGGCUCGUUUAGUAGUCGUCACAGGAGAGCUUUGGAAUAUAAAUCAGCGACAGGUGACGUGAGGGUCCAUAUCAUGCAUCAGGCGGUGAACUCUAACAGCCCGCAGCGGGCUUCAUCGUCGCGCGAAACUCAAGAGUUAUGA